CUUGUUCGCCGCCUUGUCGACAGUUAACAAAAUAUUCUCGCAUUUGACGCAGUGCGUUAAUUUGCAAAAAAAAAAAAAAACUUAUAUUUCUUUUGAAAAAAGGACGAUAAAAUUGAUAAUCGAUAAAAAAAUAAAUUACGUGAAAUAUUUCCCGAACGAAAAUAACAGAAAAGAGACAAAAAAAAAAAAAAAAACCAUAAGUGCUUUCGACGGGGGUUAUAUACAUCUCUGCAACUUUAUACCGUGUUGCAAGAUUUCUAGACUUGACAUUGGAACGGCCAUUUUGGCUUGUUGUUUCCUAAUCGAGUGCUUCGAACAGCAUCGACAUCCAUCCGUUUUAAGGACGUUAGAAGCACUUAAAUAUUUUCCAAGAUGAUGACCGAAACACAUAUGAAUUCCAAUCACAUGCUAAAUUCUGGUUUGGGUCCAAAAACAGAUCUAGCAAAAAUGGAUGAUGCAGGUUGGAAAGCCAAGCUAAAAAUCCCACCGAAGGAUGCACGAAUAAAAACAAGUGAUGUAACAGACACACGUGGCAACGAGUUCGAGGAGUUUUGCCUGAAACGAGAAUUGUUGAUGGGAAUUUUUGAAAAAGGCUGGGAAAAGCCUUCUCCAAUUCAAGAAGCGAGCAUUCCCAUUGCACUCUCCGGCAAAGACAUAUUGGCGCGUGCCAAAAACGGAACAGGCAAAACUGGAGCAUAUUCUAUUCCUGUUCUCGAACAGGUUGACUCAAAGAGAGAUGUGAUACAGGCGUUAGUAAUUGUGCCCACCAGAGAGUUGGCAUUACAGACUUCACAAAUAUUGAUCGAGCUUGCAAAGCACUUGGAGAUUAAAGUGAUGGUUACCACUGGUGGAACAAACUUGCGUGAUGAUAUCAUGAGGAUUUAUCAGAAAGUGCAAGUUAUCAUAGCCACACCAGGUAGAAUUCUUGAUCUCAUCGAUCAGAAUGUCGCAAAUAUGGAGCACUGCAAGAUUCUCGUGUUAGACGAAGCUGACAAACUUCUGUCUCAAGACUUUAAAGGAAUGUUGGAUCACGUGAUCUCGAGAUUACCGCAGAGACGUCAAAUAUUGCUGUAUUCAGCCACAUUUCCUCUGACUGUGAAGCAAUUCAUGGAAAAACACUUGAGAGAUCCAUAUGAGAUCAAUUUGAUGGAAGAGCUGACUCUAAAGGGUGUGACACAAUAUUAUGCUUUUGUACAGGAAAGACAGAAAGUUCACUGCCUUAACACGUUAUUUUCCAAGCUGCAAAUAAAUCAGAGUAUAAUAUUCUGUAAUACGACACAGCGCGUGGAAUUACUGGCAAAGAAAAUUACGGAUUUAGGAUAUUGUUGUUAUUAUAUCCACGCAAAAAUGGCUCAGGCUCAUCGUAACCGCGUUUUCCACGAUUUUCGCGCAGGGCUGUGCCGAAAUUUGGUUUGCAGUGAUCUAUUCACACGAGGAAUUGACGUGCAAGCAGUGAAUGUUGUGAUCAAUUUUGAUUUCCCAAAAAUGGCAGAGACAUAUCUGCAUCGUAUCGGUCGUUCAGGAAGGUUCGGCCAUUUAGGUAUUGCAAUUAAUCUAAUCACAUAUGAGGAUCGUUUCAAUCUUCAUCGUAUUGAACAAGAACUUGGCACUGAAAUUAAACCGAUUCCAAAAGUGAUCGAUCCCAGUUUAUACGUCUCGCGGCCAGAAGACAAUAAUAGUUUGGAAGAGGGUAAUGUGUCGAAGUAGUUUCCAUAAUAAAAAUAAAAUCGCUUUUUAUUAUCGCUCAAAGAGACAUGAAGAAUAAGAAGAUGAAGAAAAGAAAACGAAGGAAAAAAGUUUCAAAGUGUGUGUGAUUUUUUUUUUUUUUUUUUUUUUUGGUCAAGAAGAAGAAGAAGAAGAAGCGAAAGUGAUAUUGAAACUUGAACUUGGAAAAAUUUAGAUGAUGAUUAAAAAAAAAAAUAAAUAAACAAGUGUGAAAAGUUUCAAGUUACUUAAGUCUGAUGAAGAUUUAUUUACAAAAAAAUGUGCAUUGAAAGUGUAUUAUGGGAAAAAAAUAAUAAUAGUAAGUAGAAGUGAGAUAAGGAACAGUGCUAUACAAACAUUUAGAUAAACAUGUUUGCACGCGAAGAAACUAUGAUGAUGAUGAAAAAAAAACAAACACAAUAAUUAUCCUCGAGACUUAUAUAUGGACAAAAAACAAAUGGUUUACUUGUAAAUAAUGGUAUACUGAGCAUGAAAUAAUCAUUCGCUAAGCGCUCGGUAAACUCAGUGAAUGAAGUGAUUUGAGUGCCAGUGCGAGUCAUUCUUUGUAUAUAAAACAAAAAAAAAAAAUAUCUUUAAGUGUACAUAAUGCUAAUUCAAAGUCAAGCCAUUAUCUAAAAAAAAAAAGUAGCACGCAAAAAAUAAGAAUUUUCAUCUCAUUCUGCCGAAAAUGUAUAUACAAACAUUUCAUAUAUUGUCAUUUUCAAACAGCAGAUUUUUAUACCGAUUCUAUCUCAUUCUAAACGGUUUUCUUUUCUUUUUUUUUCAUUUUACAACAUAAAAAUGGGUUUAAAAAGGAAAAAAGAACUCUUGCUGUUAAUCGAUAUUCAAUGUAUAGAAUUAAAAAAAAAAAACACCCAUAACAUUUAUUAUUUUCGAGAUUUAUGUAUAAACGUUUUUUUUUUUUAUUUUUUAAAUCGAUUUUGGCUUGAUUUUGUUUCAAUUCUUUACUGUCAUACAACUCUGAAAUUCAAAUCACUAAAUUGUUUUUUUUUUUUUUUCAAAAAGAAUUUUUUUUUUCCAUUUUUAAUAGACAUUUUUUUUUUCGUUUCUUUUUUAAGUUUUCAAAAUGUGAUUGGAUUUUUUACUGAUAUUUAUAUAAAUAUAUACAUACUGUGAUUGAGUGUCAGAUGUUGUAAAAUUGACCAGUUUUAUACAAUUAUUUUUAUAAAUAAUCUGGCUGGUGGAUGUAAAAUAGUAAACAAACAAAAAUGUAUUCGUAAGAAAUCGGGAAAUUCUUUAUUUAAAAAAAAGAAAGAAAACAAUCUUUUUCUUAAAAACAAAACAAACAAUCGCACAUAUUAAUUGAGAAUUUUUUUUUUAAUGAUUACGAAAAAAAAAAGAAAUUAUAUUCAAAUCGAAAUAUUGUGUGAUUGAAAAGAAAAGGAAACCCUCUUCAACAAAAAAAAAAAAACAAAAAAACAUUGAAAACGAAAAGUUUUCAAAAAAAAAAAAAAAAUGACUUGAAAUUAAUUGAUUGAAAAAGAAUUUCUCCAUUCCUUUGAGAAGCAUUUUUUUUUUUCUUUUCCUGCAUUAUUUGCACAUCUCACAACAAAAAAAUUAAGAAACUGUCCAAAUGAAAAAAGCGCUAAAAACUAUAUAUAUAUAUAAUUUGCAAUUUUAGCAUAUUUAAUAUUUUCAAUUAAUUUAUGGAAAAGAAAAAAAAUUUUUUUUUUUUUUUUUCAAUAUUCAUUAAACCACCAGCCGAAUAUGUGACCUAGAUUUAUGAAAAGAAUUUCGUAAUACACAAACAAUUAAACAAAACAAAACAAAAAUCAAGUAUUUCGUAAUCGAAGAAAAAAAAAGUGACAUUUUUCUUUACGAAAUCUUCAUUUAUAUACGACAAAAAAGAAGUAAAACAAACGGUUUACAAUGCUUUUGGGUAUAUUAAUCAUUAUUUAAAGUUAAAUUAAAUUUAGUGUGCGAUUGUGAGAAAUAUAUCAAGAAAUCAAUGGCAAAAGAUAUUUCUUUUUUUUUAUUCACGUGAAAAAAAAAAGAAAAAGAACGACAAUUUUAAAACGUGUUUUUUCUUUGGCUACACAAAUUUUAUUCGUCAAUUUGCCAAAAUGUCAAGUUAAAAAAAAAAAACACGUUGAAGACUGGCAGAAAAAAAAAAAUCUCAUUGAACUCUUGGUAUGUUUCAAAAAAAAAAAAAAAAAAAGUAUGUGUCAAAAUCGGUGCGUUUGUUGUGCGAAUGUUUGGCGGGUCCAUUGAUGGUAAAAAAAAAAAGAAAGAAAAUUUCCGUAUAUGAAAUUUUUUUUUUUUUUUUAAAUACUGAGAGCAUUAUAAACCGUUCCCCCCCUCUACCCUCCCCCCCAGAAAAAAAACAUCUUUUUUCUCGCGAGGUUUACUAAAUUCACUAUUAUAUGCAUUCUAUAAGAAGUAGUGAAUAUAUAUAAAAAAAAAUGAAUUCCAAUGAGAUAAAAACCUCGCGUCUUAGAUUGAUUCAUUUUUUUUUUUUUUUUUAAAUUAUGCGUUUCUUUUUUUUUCUCUUCCGAUAAAUGAUUUAAUUGAAAAGAAGUACAAUCGGCUUUUUUUUAUUCUUCAGUAUUUAAAAAAAAACUCUUUAACAGCUUUUUUAAAAAAUUUCUAUUUAUCUAGUGAAAAAAAAAUAUAUAAAAGCCAAUUUAGAAAAAAGUUUAACGGCUUAGAAACUAAAAAAUCAACAAAUGAACUAGCUUGUGAUCUUUUAUCUGCAAUUUUUGCCUCUAUUAUUAUAAUUAUUAUUAUUGUAUUAUUAUUAUAAUUAUUAUUAUUAUUAUUAACAUCGAUUACCGGUUUUUUUUUGUCAAUUACUUCAAAUGAAGUGUGAUCUCUUCCGAAAUAUAUAAUUUUUUUAUUAUGGAUUUUUUUCGAUUCUUUUUUUCUCAUCAAAAAAAAAAAAAAAAAAAAAAAAAAGAAUUGAAAAAACACACCCUCACCCCAAACCCCAUGUUAGAUGUGAUAUUGAAACAAAAGAAAAAAAAAUAUGAUAAAAAGUCACGAGUCUGAUUAUAAGAGUAAAAUUUGUGAUGAUAAAUUUAUUUACUUGUUGCAAACUGUAAAAUUAAAUUUUUAUUUAAAUUUUUUUCUAUUAUUUUGGGCGCAUUCGUUUUGACUGCCUUUCAAACGAUUUAUUUUCAAAGAAAUAAAUUUUUAAAUAUUAUUUUUUUUUUUCUUUAGAAAUUUAUCGUGAUGAAAGAAAAAAAAAAUUUUUUUCCACUAUGGCAGUUUUGACGAUUGAAAGAUAACAAAAAAAAAAAUCACGCAGAAAAUGCGUGAAUCAAUUUUUUUUUUAAUCUACGUGAAAUUUCAAUUUACAUUGAAAUAAUUUUUUUUUUUGUGAAAUGACGAAAAAAAAUGUCUGAUGAAAUAAAUUUGAAUGAUAAAAAAAAAAUUCUUUCAAUGUAAAAUUGUAAAAAAAAAAAAAGAAAAUAAGAAAAUUUCAAUGUAGAUAAAAAAAAAAAUUCACGCAUUUUUUAUGUGUGUGUAUGCGUGCGUGUAUGUAUGUGAAAAAAAAAAAUCAGUCGCAAAAUACAUCGAAUUAUUAUCAAGGUGUUGUGUGAAGUCCAUAAUAUUGUUCCUUGGUGAUUAUAAUAUCAAUUGAUAUUUUGUACAGAAACUUUUUGAUAUUUGAAAUUUUUUUCGUUUUUUUUUUUUAUUUGACAAAUUUUUUGGAACUUCACACACGCAAUUUUUCUUGAUAAAGCGACUCUCACUUUUCUCUGUCCAAAUUAUAUAUAAAAUAUAUACAAUAAUUCGAGAAUUGUUGCAGUUGUGCGCCGAAAAAAAAAACACGAAAGUAAAUAAAUGGUUCUUUUUUUUUUUAGAAAAAAAAAAACAAAAUGAAAAAAGGAAAAAAAAAGAAAAAGUGUGACGGAGUAUUUGUAUAAUCGUUGAUUAGCGACGUUUAUAGGUCUAGUUUUUGAAAACAGUGAAUUUUUUCCUUCCCUUUUUUCGGUUCUUAUUUUCCUUUUUUUUUUUGAAAAAUGAUAAAAAUUCACAAGAUUGAAAAAAACACUGUUUUCAAAAUUAGUAGUGAAGAAGAAAAAUUCCAAGUGAAGAAAAAGGAAUUUUCUUGUAAAAAAGAAAAGAAAUCGUUUCACGGAAUUGUUGUGAAAUGUUUUUUUAAGCGAUUGUUAACAUCGGAUAGGCGAAAAAAAAAGCGAAGCGAAGAAAAUAAUUUCAAAAAUAAAAUCGAGUGGAAUUAUUUUCUUUUUUAACGAAAUUUUUUUUUUAUAUAUAUAUAUUAUAAUCGUACAACUAUUUUGUACGUUUGAGAAAAGAAAUGAGAUCUUUACUGACUCUUUUUUUUUCUUUUUUUGAGAAAUUAAAGUUCUCAUUCCGUUUCUUAUAUAGGAAAAAAAAAAAAUUUUGUUCUCUCUUUCUCUCUCUUUUUUCUCAAUAUUAAUACAAUGUACAUUUUUUUAAAUAAGCAGAAAAAAAGAUUUUUGUUUGUAUUUUUGAAAUAUCUUUCAAAAAUCUUUAUGAUGCUUUAAAAAUCACAUUAUAUUUGUAUAAUAUUGGAAAAAUUAAUAAAAUCCCCUCCAUAAAAAAAAAGAAGAGUCGAAAAUUAAAUGAACAAUUUUUAGUUAAAGUUCUGUGAACCACUAAAAUUGUCUUGAGUGAUUUCGUUUUAGUUUAAAAACUGAAAUUCAAUAAUUUAUUGUCACAUGACAAAAAUGAAAAAAAAUAAAAUAAAAA